AUGUCGCGUUAUUCUUCAAGUAUUGAGUUACCAGAUGAAGGUGAUAACAUCAUCAGAACUAAAAACCUCGAUGUUGAAAUUAAUCCAAAUGGACUUGCCCACGAAAUAUUUCACGGUUUAAAAAAGAAUAAAGACGUCAUUGGACAGAUUGAAGCAGAUUCCGGUAAAAGUGAAACUUACUCGAAAGUUCUUGAGAGAUCAAUCAGAUUGGCAAUUAAUCUUAAAAAAAGAGGUGUAACACCAAAUGAUAUUAUAGCACCAUGUACAACAAAUCAUUUAAACAAUUCCGUUUUAUUAUUUGGCAUUUUAUUUACGGGUGCUAAACCGGCUUGGUUGGAUGCUUUUGCACCUUACGACCAAAUUUUGAAGCAACUUCAAUUGGUAGAGCCGAAAUUCGUUUUUGCGGAACCUCAAAAUGUUGAUGUUCUCGAAGAAAUUGUUACAAAAUUAAAUUUAAAAACAACCAUCGUGUUAUUAGGAAAUUCAGAAAAAUUUAUAUCCUUCGAAAAAAAAUUUUUGGUACCACAUCCAAACGAAGAAUUAAAUUUUACACCUUAUCUAACCAACGAUUUAUUUGAAACUGCUUUUAUAAUCUUUAGUAGUGGAACAACUGGUGCACCUAAAGGUAUCUGCCUAAAUCAUUUUGGAUUUUUAACUUAUUUAAACAUUACUCAAAGUAAUAAAACAACAGAAAACAUCACAACUUUAUCUUAUGUUUUACUUGUUGCAUUUUCUGGAGUUUUUUUAACAUGUUUAUCCGCAAUCUUAGGACGUACUAUGUUGUUGAGUUCUCAUUUCGACAGUAAAAACACGUGGAUUUAUUUGCAAAAAUACAACGUCACUUAUUGUUUCCUUGCACCAUAUAAUUUUAUUUCAUUUAUUAAAAGCCAAAAACCAAAUGAUGUUGAAUUAAAACACUUAAAAGUGCUUGCAUAUGCUGGUGGUGCUGUUCCACCCGAAUACAUCUUAAAAGCACGCCAAUUAUUCCCAAAUGUUUUUAUUGUUAGCGCUUACACUCAAAGUGAAUUGUGCGGAUUUGGUUUAGUUCCGGAAACCUCCAUGGAAGGAAUAAAAACAUACUUAAGCAAACCUGCAAUGGCUGGAAAACCAGUUAAAGGGUUAACUUAUAAAAUUGUUAAUCCGGAAACUGAAGAAAUCCUUGGUCCCAAUCAAAAAGGAGAACUAAGAAUUAAAUGUAAUGUGAUGAUGAACGGCUAUCAUAAAGAACUCAACAAAAACUAUCUCGACGCUGAUGGUUUUUUAAAAACCGGGGAUGUUAUGUAUUACGAUGAUGAUCAUUGUUUCUUUUUUAUUGAAAGAGUUUCAGAAUUAUUAUGGUACCAAAUUUAUCCAAUAUCGCCAAGCGAAAUAGAAAGCGUUUUAUUGCAACAUCCAUCCGUAAAAAUCGCCGUUGUUAUUGGAAUUCCUUCUGAAGACGGUGACCUACCUGCGGCUAUUGUUGUUAAAAACAACGAUAACGUAACAGAAGAGGACUUAAAAGUUUUAGUAGCACAAAAACUUGAGGAUCGUAAAAAACUUAGAGGCGGUGUGUUCUUUGUUGAAGAUAAUCAAAUUUCUUUUACCGCAUCGGAUUAA